GCGAGCCCGAUCGAAACGAUCCCACGAGCCAGCGAAUUCUCCUGGAUCCAUAUGUUGUUCAUGUUCCACGACGAGGGCUCGUGUCACCAGUGCAAUUCAUGAUGGCGCGUCUUCCGAGUUUCAUCCUGACCUUCGCCUUGCUUCAUUGCGUUCACGGAGGACUAGAAGUGGCAUUUCAAUGGAAAUACCUGGACUGGACCUGGCCUAACGUAUACCUGACAGGGAGGAACCAGACGCUGGGAAACGCGUUCACCCAGGACGUGGAUAUCGAUAGAUACGGCCGUGUGUUCGUGACCAGUCCUCAGUGGUUGGAUGGUGUACCCAUCAGCUUGUCUCUGGUCACGAGUGUCCGAGGUUUGGGUGGACCUUUGCUGACACCGUACCCCGAUUGGAGCUGGCACGUAGCGUACAGUUGUGACAGCAUAGUGUCUGUGUAUAGGUUGGCGAUAGACGAGUGCAAUCGUUUAUGGGUUGUGGAUACCGGUCGCGUCCAGGGGAACUCGGCCUGUCCCACGAAAUUAUUGAUCUUCGAUCUCGCAACCGAUCAGCUGGUCCAUAAAUACGUGUUCCCGAGUGAUCAAGUACUGUACGGGAAGGCGGCAUUAGUUACGCCAAUCGUCGAUGUCGGAAAAACGUGUCUCGAUACUUAUCUCUACGUGGCGGAUGUGGAUCAAAAUGGCCUGCUGAUUUAUGACUUAUAUCACGAUUAUUCGUGGCGAGUGAACAACACUGUUGGCAAUGCUUUCGGCCCGGAUGACGAUGCCAUGAACAUCACGAUCGCUGGCGAAUCGUUCGAUUUAACCGAUGGCACUCUUGGCAUGUCAUUGUCACCCAUUGGAUUGUUCAAUGACAGGUACCUCUAUUUCAAUUCGUUGGCGAGUUUUCGACAAAAGUUUACGGAUACGAACUCUUUAAAGCAAAGCGAAUACAAGGAGCCAAUAGUGUUCGAAUCGAAUUAUAAACGAGCAAGCCAAGCAGGUGUUCAAGCAACGUCGCGAAGAGGCGUAAUAUUUUUCCAAUUAGUCCAAUUAACGGCGAUCGCUUGUUGGAACAUUGAGAAACCGUUUACACCGGAAAACGUCGUGAUAAUUGCUCAAGACGAGCAGACAUUGCAGUACGUGAGUGGCAUUAAAGUAAUUACAAACAAGCACAGUGUAGAAGAGUUGUGGUUCAACACGAACAGGCUUCAGAAGACGAUAAAUAUGACCCUGAAACCUACCGAAACGAACUUCCGUAUAAUCAGAGGGAGAGUCGAUGACAUAAUCAAGGGCACAAACUGUCAACCUUCUGGCUUCAGGCACAGAGCUCCCGAUGUUAACUUCUGGCACCUGAUAUGAAUCAGAUAAAUCGUAUCGUCCCAAGCAAAUUUGCUUUAACAGCUCCUUAAAGCAAUGCUACGAUUUUUACAGUAUGACAUAAUUUAAUGUAUGAUAGGAGAUACAGUAU